AUGGAGUUGUCAAAAAAUAUCACUGCUUCAAGUAAUCAUUCAAAUCGAACAGAGAUGUUAGAAGACAGUAAAUGGUUGGAAUUUGAAGCUUUUAAGGAACGACUCUAUUUGGGCAUGAAAGAUUUGGUAAUUUUUUUCACCAUUCUCAUAAUAUUGGGAAAUACUUUGGUGUUGAUCGUCACAUGGAAGGAAAGACGUCUUCAUCAACCAAGUAAAUAUUUUCUUGCUUUUCUUGCUGUCGCUGAUCUUCUCGUUGGUUUAUUUGUGGCUCCAUUCCAGGCUUAUCAAUUAGGCCAGGCAUACGGGAGAAGUGGCCGAGAUAAUAUGUCGAUUCAUCUGUGUCGUUUUAUGUUGUGGAUGGACACCUUUGCGUUAACAGCAUCUAUUUACUCGCUGACAGCAAUUAGUUGUGAUCGAUAUCUCAAAAUCAGCAAACCGCUUCUGUACAAAUCACGAAUGACAACUUCUAGAUCAAUAAAGAUAAUUUUCGUCAUUGUUCUUAUUUCAACUACUCUUGCCACAUACUCUGCAACUGCUCGUUCAGGAAGCUCUGGAAUUUUGCUGACCGGAACUGGCCCUUGCAGUUCGGGCGCUGACUUCAAAAAAUCCACGAUAUUUUACCUUGGCGUAACAAUAAUUGCGUUUUUUCUACCUGUCCUGGUCAUCGUGAUUAUGUACACUCUGAUUUUUCAUGUCGCUCAUAAACGAAACAAAAUGCUCGUGAAUGGGGAACUGGGUCAAACAAUAAUCAAUCAGAACCGACGAACUGCAUUACGACGAGAUAUGAAAGUGAUCAGAAUGCUGCUGGUUGUCGUUGGAGUUUUUUUACUUUGCUGGGGUCCUAAGUUUACUUGGAUAUUGAUAGACUAUCUAAAUACUAUUGAUUGGGAAAACAUUUCAUUAAGCUUGGAGUACAGGGUGCAUGUAUUUGCUGGUAUAGCAAACACACUUCCAUUAUUGAACAGUCUGUGUAACCCAAUAAUCUAUGUCUGUCUUGAUCAAACGUACCAAGAAGCCUUUCAACGUAUUUUCCGUCGCAUGAUGCGUCGACCAGAAGCGCGAAGACAACAGCCACCAAUAGAGUUACGACCCCCAAGAGCCUGA